AUCGAGCAUCGCCUGUCAAAAUAGUUCACUAAAAUCAGCAACAAUGGCCGAAGCUGUGGAAAACUGUUUAACUUGCCGCAGAAAAACAGAUAAUUUCCUCCGGACAUCGGACGAUUCAACUGCGGAAAAUAUCGGGGCCAUUAUCGCCAUUCAUUUCUGGUUCCAGGCUGACCAAUAUGAGCACCAAGUGCUGUGCACCAGUUGCUGGGAAAAGAUCGAUGAUUUCCACAAAUUUUACAAUGAAGUAAAACAGGUCUGGUCCGACGAGAGUCUACCCAGCAGCGCCAUCAUCAAGAAGGAAAAGUUCAACGAUGAUACCCAACCCGAACUCAUUGCUUGCGAGUUGGUCAAAGUGGAAAUCGACAAAGCAGAAGAGCUAGACAAAUUCCACGAUGAGGACGACGAUGAUUCAGGCAAAAAUUAUGUUCCAUAUGAAGAAUCGGAAACCUCAGACGAUUCCGAAGAGGAAUCCGCGAUACCCAUAGCUAAGAGAUGCCGAAGCGUCAAGCGCCCUUCAAAGACUACAAAGCGUGAUAAGCCAAUUCGCAAGAAGCGCCAAGUCAGCACUCAACGGACUCCGAAGGUUGUGAAUCGAAAACGUAACAUUCAUUGCAGGGAGGAGUACCCAUUCCAAUGUCUCAUUUGCGAUCCGGUAAGAGCAUUUAAGGAAAGCGAGGGUUUACGGUUGCACAACGAAGUAUGCCACACGGAAGAGUCGGAGAAAAAGUUCCAGUGCGAUCAAUGCGAGAAAGCAUUUACUAGCGAAUGGCAACUCUCCGGACACAAGAGUUGGCAUCAGAAGCAGAUCUUGAAUUUCUACUGUGAAAAAUGCAACAAACAUUUCGAUUCAGGGCGAACGUUGAACAACCACAUGCACGCAAAUCAUCCUGAAACGGUCCCUAAAUUCUUAAUGCCAAGCCCAAUCUCAACCGGAGACACUGCCACAAAUGAUCAGCAAGCUCUAGCCCCAACGGAAAAUCCAGCGAAUACUUCGCAAAGCUCUCAGGUCGCAUCCGAUUGGAAUCCGAAAAAUCCAGAGGAAAUAGCACAACGCGAUGAGACGAUUCGGAAAUUCUGCACCCUCAUCUGCGACAAAUGUGGAUUCGCGGGCGAAAACUUCUACUAUCUAGAGAAGCACUACAAAAACGAACACAAUUUGCUCGGGUAUGCGCUCUGCUGCAACCGGAAGUUUUUCAAAAAGCGAAAGUUGUACGAGCAUUGUCUACGACACAUCAAUCCGGACAUGUUCCGUUGCGAGCUUUGUAAGCGAUCUUUCAUGGACAGAGACAGUCUUUUAAGUCACAAUAAACGAGUUCACACGCCAGACUCGCAGAAACCGUUCAAGUGUGAAAUAUGCGAUGCGGCUUUCCAUAAAGAGUAUUUGAUGAAGACCCACAUGAAGUACCACCUGUCAUUGGAGCAAAAAAUUUACAACUGCAAAGAUUGCGAUCGAUCUUUCGGAGCAGCAACCUACUUACGCACACAUCAGCAAACCGUUCACGGUGCCGCAUCCAGCUGGGUGUGCGAUAUCUGUGCCAAGGGAUUUGCCCACAAGUGGCGCCUGGAGUCGCAUCGGCUUUCGCACACGGCGGAAGGAGCUGCCAGCUUGAAGAGACAGUGCGACAACUGUAAGAAGUGGCUCAAGAAUGAAAUAUCAUUCAAAAACCAUCUGAUGCGGUGUUUGAACAGCAAUCCCGUGUCGUGCGAUCUUUGCGGGAAGGAAGCUGCAAAUGAGCUGGCCUUGGCCAGUCACAAGCGACUUCAUCACACGGAGCAGCCAGUGUACACCUGCAGCUACUGCGGGAAGCAGUUCAAACGCGCCAUUCGGCACAAGGAGCACGAGGCGAACCACCGGGGAGAGGUUCUUUAUUCGUGUCCAUUCUGUCCUUACACUUGUAAUUCCAAUUCCAACAUGUACACCCACAAGAAGGUGGCUCAUCCUGAAUUGUGGGCGGCAAAGAUUAACGAUAAGUACUAUAAGCGAUAAUUUACAACUGGGAUGUAAUUUAACAAGGUUUUAACUAAAGGAUCUCUAGUAUCUUAGAAA